CGACCGCUGAGGGGGUAGCCACAGCCUCUGCCGCCUCCGAGCGGCAGAAAGGAGCGGCUGGUCGCUGCGCCCCAGGCGGCCACUACCCGGAGACUCCGCUCCUCUCUCUCGACCGAGAUCUUCCUUUGCCCCUCUCCGGGUACCCCUGGCCCAAAACUCUCGCAACGAUAUGGAAGAAUUUUUGCAACGCGCCAAGUCUAAACUGAAUCGAAGCAAACGCUUGGAGAAGGUACAUGUGGUUAUUGGACAUAAAUCGUGUGACUUGGAUUCUCUCAUUUCUGCCUUCACAUAUGCUUACUUUCUGGACAAGGUCAGUCCACCUGGGGUGCUCUGUUUGCCAGUGCUGAACGUACCAAGAACUGAAUUCAACUACUUCACAGAGAUAAGGUUUAUUCUAGAAGAGCUAAAUAUCUCAGAAUCAUUCCACAUAUUCCGAGAUGAAAUUAAUCUGCAUCAGCUAAAUGAUGAAGGAAAGUUAUCUGUGACACUUGUAGGCAGCAACGUACUGACAAGUGAGGACAAAACUUUAGAAUCAGCUGUUGUCAAAGUCAUUAGUCCGGUUGAGCAGAGUGAUGCUGGGCUUGAGUUCCGAGAGUCUUCCUCCUCCCUCGUUGUGAAAGAGAUUCUCCAGGAGGCUCCCGAGCUCAUCACUGAGCAGCUGGCUCAUCUCCUCAGAGGUAGCAUCCUUUUCAAGUACAUGACCAUGGAAUCUGAGAAGAUCUCAGAGAAGCAGGAAGAAAUUCUUUCUAUCCUGGAAGAAAAAUUUCCUAGUCUACCUCCAAGAGAGGACAUUAUCAACGUACUCAAGAAGAGCCAAUUCAGUGCUCAGGGUUUAAGUAUUGAACAGACAAUACUGAAGGAUCUAAAGGAACUGUCAGAUGGAGAAAUAAAAGUGGCCCUCAGUACCGUGAACAUGACCCUUGAGAACUGCUUGUUUCACAGCAAUAUCACCAAGGAUUUGAAAGCAUUUACAGACAAGUUCGGUUUUGACGUCCUUAUCCUCUUGACCAGCUACCCAUCAGAGGAGCAGCAGCCAAGGCGGCAGGUCGCUGUGUACUCCGAGAACCUCGAGCUGUGCAGUCAGAUCUGCUGUGAACUGGAAGAGUGUCAGAAUCCUUGCCUAGAGCUGGAGCCCUUUGAAUGUGGCUGUGAUGAGAUCCUGGUGUACCAGCAGGAGAACCCUUCAGUGACUUGUGACCAGGUGGUUCUCCUUGUCAAGGAAGUCCUCAACAGGAGGUGUCCCGAGAUGAUCUCCAACAGCCGGACGUCCUCCACAGAAGCUGUGGCAGGCAGCGCGCCCCUCUCCCAGGGAUCGUCUGGGAUUAUGGAGUUGUAUGGCUCUGACAUCGAGCCACAGCCCAACCCUGUGAAUUUCAUAGAAAACCCCCCAGAUCUCAACGAUUCUAACCAGGCCCAGGUGGAUGCCAACAUAGACCUUGUUAGCCCAGAUAGCGGGUUGGCCACCAUUAGGAGCAGCCGUUCAUCCAAGGAGAGCUCAGUUUUCCUCAGUGAUGACAGUCCAGUGGGAGAAGGCGCUGGGUCUCAUCAUAGCCUCCUCCCAGGGUUUGACUCCUAUAGUCCCAUCCCUGAAGGGGCAGUAGUGGAGGAGCAUGCACGGUCCAGAGAACACGGGGAACAUUUCGACCUCUUCAACUUUGACGCAGCACCCAUGGCUUCUGGACAGUCCCAACCAUCUUCCCAUUCUGCUGACUACUCCCCGGCAGAUGACUUCUUCCCCAACAGUGAUUCGUCGGAAGGACAUCUCCCUAUGGAGCCUAAAGAGCUCCAUGGGAUAGGGGUGGACAUGUCCAAUUAUUCAUCCAGUUCGCUUUUGUCAGAGGCUGGCAAAGAUAACCUUGUAGAAUUUGAUGAGGAGUUUGUCCAGAGACAAGAAAGUCCCAGGGAUAACUCUAAAAGAAACAUGAGCCUGACCAGUCUUGUGCCAGAUGAAUCUCUUUCUCCAGAAAGGCUCAAAAAUAUUGGAAAUCGGGUCCCACCUACACCUAUGAACAGCUUUGUAGAAAGCUCACCAUCUACUGAAGAACCAGGUCUGCUGUGUUCCGAAGACAUGACCCAACAAACAGUUGACACAGGUCACACAGGGCCACCUCAGACUCGUGCACGGUGCAGCAGCUGGUGGGGUGGUUUGGAAAUUGACUCUAAAACUACUGCAGAUGCAUGGAGUCCCAGUGAACAGGAAUCUGUCUUCCAAAGCCCUGAAUCCUGGAAAGAUCGUAAGCCAAGCCCAGUCGACAGGAGAGCCUCAGAUUCUAUAUUUCAACCAAAGAGUCUCAAAUUCUCAAGAUCAGGGCCCUGGGAGUCAGAAUUUGGUCAGCCUGGGCUGGGCAAUAAUAAUAUUCGAGAACAGAAUGAGGAAAGUUUGCAGAGUCAGAACCUGCCUGCUGAGAAAGAGAGUCAGAAUCUGCCUUUGCCAGAUGUGUCUCCCCAAGGAACAAACCAUCUGAUAGAAGACUUCGCGGCUUUGUGGAGUUCCAAUCGCUCUCCCACAUCGAUGCCUGAGCCAUGGGGAAAUGCCAUAGAUGAUCAUGAACCAGCUGCAGGAGCAUCAUUCCCGGCCUGGAGCGCAUUUCGUACAGAGAAUGACACUGAGGCUCUGAAAAAUACCUGGAAUAUGCACCCAACGUGCGGUGAGACACCGUCUGUGAGGGACCCGAAGGAGUGGGCCAUGGCAAAAAGUGGGUUUUCUUUUCCUGCAGAGGACUUAGUGGACAAUUCACCCAGUGAGGCAAAUAAUGAAGCAGCUCCAGAAAUCUGGGGCAAAAAGAACCAUGACUCCAGGGCUAAUCCCCUUAUAUCUGGAAAUCCCAGGUCUGACCUGGCUCAUGCAUGGAAUAAUUCUAAGACAGCAAAGGAAGAUCAGGAUGGUGGCAUGGCUCCAAAAAUCAGAGGGAAUCUAUAUGAAAAGGUAGAUUCCUGGGACCUUUUUGAGGAGAGUAUCAAAAAAGGAGGAUCAGAUGCCCUAGCUCCUUGGGAAGAUUCCUUCUUAUAUAAAUGUUCCGACUACAGUGCAUCCAACAUAGGGGAAGAUUCAGUGCCUUCCCCCUUAGAUACCAACUACUCUACCUCUGAUUCUUAUACAUCACCAACAUUUGCUGGAGAUGAAAAAGAAACUGAAAACAAGCCAUUUGCUAAAGAAGGAGAUUUUGAGUCAAAAGAUGCUAACUGUAUCACCAAGGAGACUGAAAUCCCGCCUCAACCACCACUUCAGCCAGCUAGAAAUCGAAUCAGUUCAGGUCCUGGGAACCUAGAAAUAUGGGCUUCACCUCCUGCAGAUAAUAGUUCUGAAAUAAAUGCCACUCUCAACCCAGAUAAAGAUUUUUUCAAGACAGAGCCCACAGAUGAUAAGGACAUCUCCGUGGAGGAUGACAUUGGAGAAAGCAGCCACUCCAGUUACGAUGACCCCAGUAUGAUGCAUCUGUACAACGAAACAAACCGGCAACUCACACUUCUGCACAGCAGCACCAACUCCCGGCCCGCGGCCCCUGACAAUCUUGAGCUGUGGAACAGAGUGAUCCUGGAGGACACCCAGUCCACUGCGACCAUCUCAGAUAACGAUUUGGACUGGGAUGAUUGCAGUGCGGGUGUGGUGAUCCCUGGUGAAGGUCAAGCACAAGUAUACAUGGCUGAAAGUGCUGAGCCCGAGACCCGAUUUUCAGUGAGACAGCUAGAACCAUGGGGCGUGGAGUAUCAGGAAACCAACCAGGCAGACUGGGGACUCCCUGUUUCCUAUGAGCACAGCGACGAUGCUGCUCCCAACGAAUAUCACGUACUGAAUGAAAAAAGCGGACAGCUGAUCGCAAAUAAUAUUUGGGGUUCCGUCAUGAGAGAUAAUGACAUGUCAUCAUUAAUAUUACCAGCCCCAUCAUAUGUUACAGAUUCAGAACAAAGCAGGUUGACUCCUGAAACUCCCAGCUCAUCUGAAAAAAUUAAGGACAGUCACAUCCCAGAUAUGCUAGAAGCCUCUGGAGUCAGUGAGUCAGGAGCAUUUGAUCCAGACCAGGAAGACACCUGCCGGGGAAAUCUGCCCAGUGAUGAAGUGUCGCUGGCAACCAGGCCUGAGAAUCCAGGGCAUUUUCUUAACUCAGAUCCAUGCAAAGGUCCCAGCUAUGGACAAAAUGAAAGUGAGAAGGAAACCUACGGAGCCAUUGAUAGGGAGCCCCUUGCUGAGGAGGAAGUGAUGGAUAGAGCCUCAGGGACUUCUGGACAAGGGCAAGAUGGCCAGGAAUGCUCUUCCCUAGUUGCAUCUGAACAUGAAGAAAUCUGUGAUGAGUCAGGCAAAAUCAGCUCUCCCUCAGACCCAUCCGGUCCUCAGACUGAGGACCCCCAGGAGGCUGUAGAGCAUGAGAAGGGGUCCCACUGCUCAGACCCCUGUGACAUGCAGGCAGAAGUGUCCACAAAUCACCUGCAAGCAAAAGAAACCUGUGGAAAGCACCUCAUGGAUCACAGAAAUUCCAGUGAAACUGCUGAAAUUUCAGAUAGGCCAAAUUUAACAAAAAAUGUAUCUUUACCUGAAAUGGAUCUUGAGAAAACUGAAGAAUGCAAUGUUCUGGAGCCAGAGAGUGUGAACCAAGAGCCACCUCCUGAAUGUCCUCAACGCCUUGACGUUUGGGAUGGCCCUACAGAUAGUGAUGUGCAGGUUAGUUGCACAAGUUCCGAGAUAACUAAGAAUCCUGAAGGCAACAAUGCUGAAAACAGCCCUCUGGGAGUCCGUUCAUCAGGAAAUUGCGACAGAAGUAGUAUUUCUAGUGAGUGUACACAUUCAAGUGCACCAAGUCCUGACCUAAAUGGUUCUUCAGCUGCACUGCUUUCUUGGGAUCAUGGAACCAAUACUGGGUGUCAGGAGGAGAAUCAGGAUGAUGGGAGUAAACAGAAUCACCAGGAAUCUGGACUAAUUACUACUGAUGGCGAAGAAGAAGUAAUUACUGAGAGGAAGGACCUGGAGAAAAACAGAAUGGAUGGGUUAGAUCACAAGGUUCCUAAAUUUUUAGAGAUAUGGGAUGACUCAGUAGAUGGUGAUUCCUUUUCCUCUUUAUCUAGCCCUGAAAUAGGUAAAUAUUCUGAAUACUCAGGUGCUUAUCAGGAAAGAAACCUAGGGGUUAGCCGUCAGGAGAACAGUGAAUGGGACAUCGCUGACGCUGUGCAGCCAGAGGAUGCCACGCGCAUUUCGAGGAGCCCAGGUUCUGAUGAUGAUAGCGUGGGUGAUGAGGAGUCAGGGGGGAAAGAGAGCCAUUUGGCCACUCACCACAUUGCUCAGCGUGAACCCAGAGCUUGGGACUCAUUGGAUGAACCUAAUAAGUUCUUGACCAUGACAGAUCCCAAGUCUGAGGAAGGAUCUGCCUACGUAGGCAGUUCGGGCCCAGCAGAGAACGAGAACACAUCAAACCCACUCUGUGACACUCCACAAAGCAGCCCUGAUCACUGGAAUUUCUCACCGCUAAAGGAGGCUGAAAUACAGGUGACAGCAGCAGAUAAGGAGACAAGAUCUCCAGAAGUAGGGAAGAUAAGAAAUAUCAUAUGGCAAACAUCUCCCAAAACUGAAUCAAAGAAUGAAAAUUAUUCUAAAUCAGAAGUGUUUAGCUUCUCAGCUGAGAGCACUGAGUGGUGGAAUGAAUCACUACAGCAGGGGAAACCAAUUGAGAGUACAUUCGAAGGGGAAUUAUCUAACCCAGAUGGUAUGUUAGAGAAGAAUUCUUCAGGCUACCACAGCGUGGGUCCAUGGGGAGUACCUAUUCAGGAUGCUAUGGAAUCCAUUGAAGCACGUUGUACUAAUCCUUUCAGUGACCAACAUCAGUCACCCUUUCUAAAUAGUAAUGGGGAGAACUCCCACGAGCAACUUUGGAACAUUCAACCAAGGCAGCCAGACCCAGAAGCUGAUCAGCUUAGCCAGCUUGUAAUAUUGGACCAAAUUAAAGAUAAGGAUCCCAGAGAGCAAACCUUCAUGUCUUCUGCUGGUGACAAACUCAAUCCUGAAACACCUACCCAAGAGCAGUGUCAAAAUACAGUGCUAUCCAUCUGGGAUCAGCCAGAUCCAACAUUUACUCACAAUGAUGAAAAUGGAUGUGUUAUAUCUAAUGUCUCCACUAUUGAGUGUCAAGAAACAAGUUUGUGGGAAGAAGAAAAAUCACACCCCAGUGAAACGACAAAUUCAAGCAUUGCCUCAGAAGAUUUCCCUGCUGUCAGUUCUUCUACCCAGUUGAUAAAGAAUUCGGGUGCCGAAUGGGAUGAUGCUGGCCCCAACGAGAGCCUCCAAAGCACCUUUGCCCCAGAUAUCUUACAUGGAAACUUUCAAGAGGGAGGGCAGUUGGCCUCAGCUUCGCCUGACUUGUGGAUAGACGCUAAGCAGCCCUUCAGUUUGAAAGCAGAUGGUGAGAAUCCUGAUAUACUGACUCACUGUGACCAAGACAACAAUUCUCAGGCUUCCAACAGCCCUGAUAUAUGUCAUGAUUAUGAAGCCAAGCAGGAGACUGAGCAGCACAUCAGCGCUAGGAUGGGACCCGAAGGGGAAGCCAGGGAAUUAUAUCUCACCGAGCCACAGCUAGAUGAAGAACCCAGCCACGAGCCUGGGCAGGAAUUUGUUCCACAUGGUUCAGAAGCAUUUUCUGAGAACACAAUUCCACUGUCUCCAGUCAGCGACCAAGCAAACACAAAUGGCUCACCUCUGCCUGCCACCUCUCACAGUGGUUCUCCCAUAAAGGGUGAGCCCGACAUAAAGGGUGAAAUCAACACAGGUUUAAAAGCAUCAGAAAAAGGAGCUGACCCAGAUAUGGCACCAGUUUUGGAACCCACUGACAGAACAAUCCCAAUGAUUAAAAAGGUGGGAACCAGAAUUUUUGUAAGCCACCAAGAGCCAGCUGUGGAUGGCGACAGCUCUUGGAUCUCAGAGGACUUUUCUCCUGAAAGUCAGACAGAUGCAGGAGCCUUGCUGGACCUUGAGCAGCCUCUGACCACCGAGAACCCUGCCUUGGUUCCCAAUGUUCUUCUAGCCUCGGACACUUGUCUGGAUGUAAGCGAAGCUGCCUUCGAACGCAGUUUCAGUGACGCCUCAGGUCUCAACACAUCCACGGGAACAAUAGAUGACAUGAGUAAACUGACAUUAUCAGAAGGCAAUCCUGAUACACCAGUGGAUGGGGAUGUUGGAAAGCAAGAUAUCUGUUCAUCAGAAGCCUCAUGGGGUGAUUUUGAAUAUGAUGUCAUGGGCCAAAAUAUUGAUGAAGAUUUAAUGAAAGAGCCUGAACACUUUCUCUAUGGUGGUGACCAUCCCUUGGAAGAAGGUGCCCUCAAGCAGUCGCUGGCACCUUACACGCCUCCCUUUGACUUGUCCUAUCUCACAGAACCUACUCUUGGUGUUGAACUGACAGAGGAAGCUGGGGCUGCAGGGGAUGAGUCUCUAGGGAGCGAAGCAGCAGAGAUGUUGCUUUCCGCUCUUCCUGAUCAAAUAAGCAAGGAAAACCACACUGAGACCCAGAUCAGACAGCCUGAACACCAGCUGGAUGUACUACAUAUUCAUGAAGACCCUGAGUCACUUUCAUUGCCUGUGAGAGGUGAGUCCAGUGUGGAGUUGUCGCCAUCCAACAUUGACUGGGAAGUAGAAACAGAUCAUUCAGAUUCGCCAGCAGGUGGAGACAUAGGACCAUCAAAUGGUGCCAGCAAGGGAAUAUUAGAGUUUGAAGAAGAAACAGUAAUUUCUACCAAAGUGUCUGGACAGAUACAACCAGAAUACAGAGAAGAAAUGUACACAGAGAAGAAUGAAGACCGUUGUACACAGCACAUGGAUUACAUACUUGUAAACCACGAAGAAAAUUCACCCCCAAAGCCAGAGGCCUGUGAAGCAGGAGAAAGCACAUCUGUAUUGGAAGCGUUGCACAUAGAUUCCCAACAAAUGGGGCUGCCGGGAACUCAGUUAGCAAGCAUCCCAGACACCUGUCAGCCUGACUCCUUAAAUGAAAGAAAAGAUCAUUCUGCAGAGAGAAUGUCUUCCAAAGAUGAUGAGAGAUCACCUCUUGAAAGCCCUGGGCAAGAACAGAGUUGGAUGGUCUUGGGCCAUAGUGAGGUUGGCCACCUAUCAUCAGAAGCUACAGACAAAAGGCCUGAAUGGUCUGACAAGGCUGUGGAGCCAGCCUCUGAUCACAACUUGGGCAAGGGUUCCCAAAUGCAAGUGCUGGGAGAAACAAUGCCUCUAGAAUCUUUAGCACUAGAGGAAGCCUCUGGUCAUGGCAGCCAAUCUCGGAAGAGCAAGGGCCGAGGCAGGGCGGGCCCAGAUGCACAGCCGUUGCAGCCUGUCACCCACGACAAUGAAUGGGAAAUGCUCUCACCGCAGCUGUCUCAGAAAAACGCCAUCCCUGAAACGGAAAUAGAGGAGGAGACGGAGUUUCUUGACCCCAGAACAAGGAAACCAAGACCAAACGGACUCGUGUCAGAGGAUGUGGGAAUGGACAUCCCCUUUGAGGAGGGGAUGCUGAGUCCCGGUGCUGCAGACAUGAGGCCUGAACCUCCUCAUUCCCUGGAUCUUAACGGCGCUCAUCCUCAGAGAAUCAAGCUCACUGCCCCAAAUAUCAAUCUUUCUCUGGACCAAAGUGAAGGGUCUGUCCUCUCUGAUGAUAACCUGGACAGUCCAGAUGAAAUUGAUAUCAACGUGGAUGAACUGGAUACCCCUGAUGAAGCAGAUUCUUUUGAGUAUACAGGGCAUGAGGCUCCCACAGCCCACAAAGACUCUGGCCAAGAGUCCGAGUCCAUUCCAGAAUACACAGCAGAGGAGGAGCGGGAAGACAGCCGGUUGUGGAGGACCGUGGUGAUUGGAGAACAGGAGCAGAGGAUCGACAUGAGGGUCAUUGAGCCCUACAGGAGAGUCAUCUCUCACGGAGGAGAUUCAGGAUACUAUGGGGACGGCCUAAAUGCCAUCAUUGUGUUUGCUGCCUGUUUUCUGCCAGACAGCAGUCGGGCGGAUUACCACUAUGUCAUGGAAAAUCUUUUCCUAUAUGUAAUAAGUACUCUAGAGCUGAUGGUAGCUGAAGAUUAUAUGAUUGUGUACUUGAAUGGCGCUACCCCAAGACGGAAGAUGCCAGGGCUGGGCUGGAUGAAGAAAUGCUACCAAAUGAUUGACAGACGGUUGCGGAAGAACUUGAAAUCAUUCAUCAUCGUUCAUCCAUCUUGGUUCAUUAGAACAAUCCUUGCAGUGACACGACCUUUUAUAAGUUCAAAAUUCAGCAGUAAAAUUAAAUAUGUCAGCAGCUUAUCGGAGCUCAGUGGGCUGAUCCCAAUGGAUUGCAUCCAGAUUCCAGAGAGCAUCAUCAAGUACGAUGAAGAGAGAUCUUAUAAGAGAAGUGUGAGACUGGAUGAAGAACUGAGGGAAGCAUCAGAAGCAGCUAAAACUAGCUGCCUUUACAAUGAUCCAGAACUGUCUUCUAUGGAGAAGGAUAUUGACCUGAAACUGAAAGAAAAGCCCUAGUUGGCCGCGGCUGGAAGAAGAGGAUGCUUUUCUGCUUCGUGGUUCUGUUGAUACAUACCUCCUUGAAAGAGACUGACAGUCCUUUUUUCCACUCUGCACUACCUGGUGCCAUUCUAAAGUUCUAAGGGGAAAAGCAGUAAGGGAAUUUGUUUACUCUAAACAUGUUUUAUGAAGUUGUGUGUAUAUUCCUACUUUGCCAAUUAUGUGCCUCAAAGAUUUUAGUUGAACCUUAGCAAGAAAGUAGGACCUUCCAUUUCCAUAUUUUGUUAACCCUUGGCGCAGUGGUAUUUCAUCUCUUAGACUGAUACUGGUUGAUAAGAUAACUUCAAUUCACUAUUAAUUAAGAGUGGAUUUGCUUCCGUAGAUUAGCGGGGCUCCUCCUGGGUGACUGCUGCAAGUUUAACAUACGCAGGGCUCAGGUCUCGCUGGAAAGCUUGUCCCCGUGUAACUCCACUUUUAAAAUCCAAAACUUGCUUAAUGCAGCCAUAAACCAGACACAAGUGAGCCCAUCAUCAGUUAAGUGCUCACUUGAUUCUUGUCCACAUGAAUGAAUUGUCUCUAACUUCUCAAAGGAAAGCCAGGCUUUCUAGUUCACAGCAGUUUUAUUUUAGUGAUCAAAGUGGGCAUCAUGUUGUCUGAAUUACCGUAUUUUGCCAUGUAUAAUGCAUACCAUGUUUUUGGCCCAGACUUUCAGGAAAAAAACCUUUCAUUUUAAUUUUUUAAUUCAAUUUUUUAUUUUUUAUAUUUAUAUACUUGUAUUUUGUAUUAUAAAGGAAUUUUAGCCUUUAUUUUGCACAUAUUAUGGUACAGGAAAUUUUAUGUAACAAAUAAUUACAAAACACAAAGACAGAUACAAGCUACUUCGGGUACUACCCAUGUAUAAUACACAUCCUUAUUUUUCCCUGAAAAAUGUGGGCAAAAAAGGUGCGCAUUAUACACAGCAAAAUACAGUCAUUUUUUUAAAAAAAUCAUUUCUCCAACUCCUGGUGAAGAACUCUAUUUUGAGAAACUUUAGGUUCAUUGUCCACAUUUUUGGUAGCGGUCUGUGCUUCAGGUCAUACACUUACUUUAAGAUGUUUUACUUUAAGUACCAAGAACUCGAGGGGUAAGAUGGCCCACUUAGAAAUUAAUUAUUUUGUAACAUUCAGUUAGCUGAAUUUCUCUCUCACAUGCCUUAUAAGGAAUAAUCUACUUUAAAACACUUUAAUCGGAUCACAGGUUUAAAAUUAAUUAUGAGUGUGUGCUAUAAUUUGCAAAAUAUCCCUUUGUGAUUUUCCUAUGCCCUUUAAAAUGCCAACAUGAUUUCAAAUCUAUGGGCUUCUAGCCAGGGGUGUGGCAACCUACAGCCAAAUGUAGCGCCCCCAACCUUUUCUUCUGGCCUUCUAGAAACAAUGGCUUUUACCCUUUGGGUAGAAAAUUUUUUUUAGUAUUUCAUGACACAUGAAAAUCAUUUAAAAUGUCAGUGUUCAUCAACGAAGUUUUACUAAAACAGAGCCACACAAAUUUAUUCAUGAACUCUCUGUGGCCACUUUCAUACUACAAGUUGAGUAGCUGCAACAGACCGUGUGGCCUACAAAGAUGAAAACAUUAUUAUCUUUAUAGAAAAGUGUGCUUAGCCCUGCUCCAGCACCUACAUCCUUUGCCUCCCUUUCCCAUUUUUGUGUAGAUGUUUGUUUCUCUAACAGAACACACAUGUAAGGCUGCAAACUAAUUUAGUCUUAAAAAGUAAAGGUUGGCAGAAAAAUGCAUGGCCUGCCAGAAAAGGUUGUGUUUCCAUGACCCACAGUGAAGCCUGCUAGAAAGGUUUUUGGCUCUUUACGGGUGUGCCGAAGUCCUGACCUCACUCCAGGAACUAUUCUUAGUCUCCAGUAUCACCUAUUACUAACUAGGUGGCGAAAAUAAAAAUGAAGUGGAGAGUGGGUAGUAACGACAUCCAGGAGAGCUUUCCGUAAUAUUCUGAGUCCUAGGUGUCAUAAGCUUUGAAAUACUUUGAAGUAGACAUCUUUGCACAGGUGACUGCAUUUCACUGACCUCGUUUGUUUGCUUCAUGUUGUUAGUCUCCCAUCCACCUUCCAUACACACAACCUGGCUCUCUCUCCUCCAUAAGCCAUAGUUACUAUGUUCCCUCUUGGUCCUUUCAGCUGCAUAUCUUAUUGAACUGUGUCCUUUUGGAUGUUCUCCCUCAUAACAUCUGGUUUGUCUAAUAGAAAAACCCUAGAGCAUACCUUCUCUCACAGCCCAGCACCACCUUUGGAAGCCCAAAGUGUGCCUCUCCCAGAACUUAGUGUUGAUAUAAGUUCAGUGACCCAAUAUUCCAGUUCAUUCAUCCAUUGACUAUUGUUGCCCUAGCAUAAUUAUUCAUGAUGCUUCCUGUUGCUCAGUUGUGUCUGGUUUUGGAAGAUGGAUUGCAUGGUCCCCAUAGCCACAGGAGGUAAUGAAGAAUCCAGCGUUCAGCUUAAUGGUGAAGCCUGAGGACAGAGCUGUUGAUAGAGGGCUUUCGUUAAGUUCUGUCAGACAUGCAACAAUCUCACCACUCACAUUUUCUUUGAACUUGUCCAGCCUUCGCAUGGAAGACUACUCAAGUGGGAUUCUGUUUGAAGUUUCACCUUCCUACACAGAUAUUACAAGCAUCUUUCCCAAAAAAUGAUUUUAUUUGGGCUGUCCUAUGGGCUGUAUAACCAUUCUGAUAGUUAGGCAUUUGCUAUUUUAUUAUCUUAAAAAGACAGCUUAAUUUAAUUGCAUGUGCUAGAGAAAAGCCACCAGGCAAAUUCAAUCCAAAUAAAUAGAAUCCUAGAAGAAUCCUGAAAAAAUAAUCCCUAAGCAGAUUGGUAGGCAGAUGUACACAUUCACAUCAUUAGCUAUCUAGAUCUUGCAUUAUGAGUAUUCUUGCUUUGGUUCUGACUUCUGAAAACUGUUUUGCACUUUUUCUGUAGAUUUGUAGUAAAGGGAACCAAAGGGUCAUUGUGGCAAAAGUAUUAUUUUCCUAAAGUGGCAACAGCUCUUUGCUUAGCUCCUUGAUUAAGAUAAAGAACAAAAAUUCUGCCCAGAAUAUACUGCCAAGGAGUGAGGGCAAUAGCUGGGUGUGGAAGAAAACCCUGAAGUUCCUAUUGAAGCCAUAUAAUGUUUUAUGGGGUUAUCUUCUAAGACAUACUCCAAGAUGGCGUGAGGAAGUCACUAUUCUAAGCCUUUGUGUUGUUAAGAUCUCAUAUUAAGUAUUGAUUUAUGGUACUAUGUUUGCAAUGCUUAUCUAAAUCACAAUGCCUCAGUAGUUUGCUCCCUUAGACACAUUUAUGUGUGCACAAAUUAAUCUUUUAUAUAUUUAAAGAUUUUCUACCAUGUAUUGAAUUAUCAGAGUAAAGCAUCUAUUAGACUUGGGGUAAAUAAAUAGUAAAUUCUUCUUAAAUAGUGUGGAUUAAUAUAAAAAUAUGUAACAACACUAUAUAUAUAUAUAAUCUCUGUAUAAUUGAGAAAUAAAAAUCGA